AAAGUGGGUGGGAUCUGCUUCUACAGGUCACCCGAGAAGAAACUACUGCAGACAGGUUCUAAAUUACAAGGCAGAGUUGAUCUAAGAGUUGAGAUGUUGCACAAAAUUAUUAAUUUGACAGUGAGAGAUGUGAGAUUCCCGACGUCUUUGGAGCAGCACGGCUCAGAUGCGAUGCACAGCGACCCGGAUUAUUCCGCCGCUUACGUGGUUCUGGACACGGACUGCGGACUGAAAGGCUUCGGCCUCACGUUCACUUUAGGAAAAGGCACUGAGAUCGUGGUGUGUGCUGUCAAGGCCCUGGCCGGACUGGUUGUUGGGAAAUCUUUGCAGGAGAUUGUGAGCAACUUCCGUGGGUUUUACCGCCUGCUGACCAGCGAUGGCCAGAUGAGAUGGUUGGGCCCAGAGAAAGGAGUGAUCCACUUGGCUACUGCUGCCGUCCUGAACGCUGUGUGGGACCUGUGGGCGAGAGCCGAGGGCAAGCCGCUGUGGAAGCUGCUGGUCGACAUGGAUCCAAAGCGGAUUGUGUCGUGCAUCGACUUCAGAUACAUCACCGACGUGCUCACAGAGGAUGAAGCUCUGGACAUACUUGUGAAAGCGCAGGAGGGCAGGCAGCAGAGAGAGGAUCAGAUGCUGAAGGAGGGUUACCCGGCGUACACCACCUCCUGUGCUUGGCUCGGAUACCCAGACCAGCAGCUCAAACAGCUCUGCACAGACGCACUAAAAAGCGGUUGGACCAAGUUCAAGGUGAAGGUUGGUGCAGAUCUAGAAGACGACGUACGCAGAUGUCGCCUCAUACGGCAAAUGAUUGGACCCAAUAACACCCUGAUGAUUGAUGCCAACCAGAGAUGGGAUGUAGACGAGGCCAUCAGCUGGGUGUCCAAGCUGGCUGAGGUCAAACCUCUCUGGAUCGAGGAGCCGACGUCUCCUGAUGACAUCCUGGGUCACGCUACUAUUGCUAAGGCUUUGGCUCCACUUGGGAUUGGAGUGGCAACAGGGGAGCAGUGUCACAACAGGGUCAUGUUUAAGCAGCUCCUGCAGGCUUCUGCGCUGCAGUUUGUCCAAAUAGACAGCUGUCGGCUGGGUAGUGUCAACGAAAACCUGGCUGUGCUGCUGAUGGCCCACAAGUUCCAAGUGCCUGUGUGUCCUCAUGCUGGAGGAGUCGGUCUGUGUGAGCUCGUCCAGCAUCUAAUCCUGUUCGACUACAUCUGUGUGUCUGCGAAUCUCAGCAACCGAAUGUGCGAAUAUGUCGACCACCUCCAUGAGCACUUCGCUAAUCCUGUGGUGAUUCAGGACGCCCACUACAUGCCCCCAAAGGAUCCAGGCUAUUCUUGUGAGAUGCUUGAGUCAUCGGUUAAGAGACACCAGUUCCCUGAGGGAGAUGUAUGGAAACUGCACCAGAACAAAUAAGGAAUGUGUUUUCAACAUUUUACUGCUGUAUGUAUAAUCACACUGGGAUAAGUUGUGUGACAAUUAAACUAAUCAGUUUA